AGUCUCUAAAGGAAGUGAAGAACGUCAUUGCUCCCACCUCCUCCCCCUAGCUGACCCUCAGCCUCCAGGGUCCAAGGGUAGAACUAGCCUCUAGUCAGCCUCAACUGGAACAGCCAAACACAGCCCAACAAAGCCAGGUCUAGCUCGUCUCAUCUGUGACCAAUGAAACUGAUCCUACUCCUAGUAUGCUUAUCCACUUUGCUGGAUGGGACCUUUGCUCAGAACUGUGCCAAGACCCAGUGUCACCCACACGCGAAAUGUGAGAUUCGAAACGGAAUUGAAGGCUGCUACUGUGUCUCAGGAUUUACAGGAAAUGGAAUAACAAUAUGUAAAGAUGAUAAUGAGUGUGAAAACUCUACGCAGCCUUGUGGUGAGAAUGCCAACUGCACUAAUACAGAGGGGGGUUAUUUCUGCAUGUGUGCACCUGGCUUUACAUCUAGCAGUUCCCAAAACAAGUUUGUAACUAAUGAUGGAACCACUUGUAUAGAUAUAGAUGAGUGUCGUGAAGCAAACUCAGGUGCCUGUGGGGACCGUGCUAAAUGUGAAAACGUGAAUGGAGGGUAUCACUGUGCCUGCAAAGAAGGUUAUCAGCCAUCCACAGGAAAAUUGCAAUUUAAGCCAGAUGAUGGCACUUAUUGCCAAGAAAAUGUGAAGGCAAACUGUCAUUUAGAUGAUGUCUGCAUUGCUGCAAAUAUUAACAAAACUUUAAUUGAAAUUAAGCACCAAAAGGAACUCAGGAAUCUGCUACAAGAAAUCUACCAAAAUUCUGAGCAAGUACUUUUUCCCAUCGAUGUGCUUACCAAUGUUGAAGCACUGUCUGCAUCUUCUUCAUCCUUGAGUUACAUGAAUAGCAAUGUCUCUGAAAAGGAAGCAUUUAUUAAUACAACUAUUAAUGUUUUUGUUAACACCAUAAACAAUUUGGUUCAAAAGGAUAAAAUUACAGUUUGGGACAAGUUGUCUGCAGAUAAUAGAAGAACAAGUCUCACUAAACUGAUGCACACAGCCGAGCAGACCAUGCUAAGCAUGUCCCAGAACUUCAAAAAGACAACCCAGUUAGAGAUUAAUUCAAGUGACAUGGGUCUCAAAUUAUUUGCUUUUGAUUCUCAUCAUAUGAAACAUAUUCAUCCCCACAUGAAUAUGGAAGGAAAUCAUAUAAAAAUCUACCCAAAGAGAAAAGACGAAUAUGAUUCUAAUGGAACCAUCACAGUUGUGCUUUUGUGUUAUAAGAGUAUUGGAGCUUUGCUUUCAUCACCUGAGAGUGCCUCACAGGAAACGGAGAGUCACGAGAGUCCUGAACAAGAGGAAAUUGUGAUCUCCUCAGUUGUGUCUGUCUCAAUUAGUGCAAAACCAAUGGCACUCUACCAGCUUGAGAAAAUCACAUUUACUUUAAGUCAUGUAAAGCCUAGAGAAAAGUCUAGUAUUAAGUGUGCCUUUUGGAACUACUCAAGUGACACUCUGAAUGGCAGCUGGUCUACAGAAGGCUGUGAACUGAUGCAUUCCAACUCUACUCAUACCUCAUGUAAAUGUAAUCAUCUGACACAUUUUGCUAUUCUGAUGUCUUCAGGUGUUUCUAUUGGUAUUAAGGAUUACAAUAUUCUUACGAGGAUCACUCAACUUGGAAUAAUCAUUUCAUUGGUCUGCCUCGCCAUGUGCAUUUUCACCUUCUGGUUUUUUAGUGAAAUUCAGAGCACAAGGACAACUAUUCACAAGAAUCUUUGCUGCAGCCUCUUUCUGGCAGAGCUUGUUUUCCUUGUUGGAAUUAAUACAAAUAGUAAUAAGCUCUUCUGUUCAAUCAUUGCUGGAUUGCUACAUUAUUUCUUUUUAGCUGCCUUUGCAUGGAUGUGCAUCGAAGGCAUCCACCUCUAUCUCAUCGUUGUCGGAGUCAUCUACAACAAGGGAUUCUUACAUAAGAAUUUUUAUAUCUUUGGCUACCUCAGUCCGGCCGUGGUGGUUGGAUUUUCAGCAUCCCUAGGAUAUAGAUACUAUGGGACGACGAAAGUAUGUUGGCUCAGCACAGAAAAUAACUUUAUUUGGAGCUUUAUAGGACCAGCAUGUCUCAUCAUUCUUGUUAAUCUGCUGGCUUUUGGGGUGAUCAUAUACAAAGUUUUUCGACACACUGCAAUGCUAAAACCAGAAGUCAGUUGUUAUGAAAAUAUAAGGUCUUGUGCACGGGGAGCCCUGGCCCUGCUCUUCCUUCUCGGAACCACUUGGAUCUUUGGGGUCCUCCAUGUUGUGCAUGCAUCAGUGGUGACGGCAUACCUUUUCACAAUCAGCAAUGCUUUCCAAGGGAUGUUCAUCUUCAUAUUUCUUUGUGUUUUAUCUAGAAAAAUCCAAGAAGAAUACUAUAGGCUAUUCAAAAAUGUUCCUUGUUGUUCUGGAUGCUUGCGGUAAAUAAAAGGACAUUCCAACUCAACACAUGCAUAAAGAGAAAAACCAGACUUAAAUAUAAUUAUUUCUUGAAAUACAGUAUUGUCAGAACCCAAAGUGACCUACUGGUGGGUCAAGCUACAACUCAGUCGUGCCAUCUACAAGAUAGAAACUGUCAUGAAACAUACAAGUCGACAAACUAACUUUUACAGCUACCAUAUACAUCUCUAUCAGUCAUUGAGGAUUGAGGCCAAAAAUAAUAGACCAGAUAUGUAGGGAGGGAUUGAAUACUUAUUAAAGCUAGAAGUGCAUCUAUCAAAAAUCUUAUUUCUUACCUAAGUAAUGAUCAAAUAAUAUGAAAGCACCAUUUUUUUCUUGAAUUCUUUCUCUAAAACAUGCCUCCCUCCUUCCUUUAGUAAUGAAUUUCUUUACUUAAAGAGAGGGGUUGGUUAGGAAUUAUGAGAGUAAAGAACAAAGCAUUAAAGAAAAUGGCUACUAAAAACAUUGAGUUAUCUUUCCGGUAAUCUGUUCCGUGUAAAGGAGCUAAGAAAUGGUGAGGACAAAAUAAAGACUAGGAGAAAUGAGACUCCUUUCAAAAAUUUAAGGAAUUGCUCUCAGGUUACAUUUCUAUGAUGACAAUUUAUAGACCCCUCUUUGAGAAAUCAAUUUCCUUCUGUGAAUAAUAUUCUGGGAGAGACUCAGUCACUUCUUAAGUUAAUUGUCGACUAGCAGUUGUGCUCUGCUGAUUCUCCACUUCUGUGCCUUUAUGAGUUUAAUUAAGUCAAAAAUCAAUGUUGAAGAAAUUUAUAACCUGAUAUAAUGGUCAAGCUACUGCCUGCAUGUGUCAAAGGCUCAUUGCUAUACAUGCCAUUAAAUGUAAAAACAUUGUACAUAAAGCAGAUAUUUCUAUUGAACUUGGUUUUCCUGGAGUGAAUAUUAUCUUUCGAGGACUGGUCUUUUUAAAUGCUUUUUUUUAUUGUUUGAAGUCCUUUAGAGCCCAUUAUCAAAUUCCCCACAUGAUUCCCAUUUGUCAAAAAGCUUUGUAAAUAUGAAACUGUGCAUAACUUAACUUUUCUGUUUUAAAAAGUGCCUUUUUAAAAAAUGUUAUUUAUAACAAAGAAAUCACUGAGAAUUUCUGUCAUAUCUUCUCUGAAAACCAUUUUCUAUAGCUGUUUUAUUAGAACAUGUGUGGGGAAAUGUACUGUCUAUCUCCCUAAUAGAAAAAAAAGGUUACCAUUUUUCCCUCAAAGAAAUAAUAGCAGAAUUAAAUGUAAUAAUUGCUGCCAUGCAAUGUAGAACACUAUAUGGAAUAUUUCACUUUUACUUUAAAAAUUAUUUCCUUCCUAUUUAAGCUAAGCCCUACAAAAGCUCCCCUACCAAAUAAACUAAUGCCUGAAAGAAA